UUUUUUUCGCGGGAGAGAGAAGAAGAUGACACGGAUCCCGGCGAUGCUGCUGCGGAGCGCGUCGUCGCCGCUGCUCGGCCACUGCUGCGCCGGCGCGGCGGGGGAGCACGCCGGGGUGGGGGUGGUGGUGGUGGUGCACGCGGCUGCGAGGAGGCAGGGCCCGCUGUGCCGCGCGUCGUCCGAGGGCGACCUGGUGCUGGCUCCUCCUGCGGCGGGGAGGGGGAAGGCGGACGGGCGCCGGCUCUCCGCGUCCGUUGCCGUCGAGGAGGUGGUGGAGGAGGAGGUUGAGGAGGAGGAGGAGGAGGAGGAUGUGGUCGGGGCGGCCGUGCCGCUGCGCCGGCUGCUGACGAGCACGGGGCUGGACGCGGCCUCGGUGGCGGUCGUUGAGGAGGGUGUCGGAGGAGGCAGAGGCGGCGGACGGAAGGCGUGCGGCGGCGGGGGGGAGGGUGGCGGCGGGGACGGGCGCCGCGCAGCCGACGAGCACUACAGGCGGAUGAUCCAGGCCGACCCGGGGAACCCGCUGCUGCUCGGCAACUACGCGAGGUUCCUCAAGGAGGUGGAGGGGGACGCGGCGAGGGCGCGGGAGUACUGCGAGCGCGCCAUCGUCGCCAGCCCCGGCGACGCCGACGCGCUCGCGCUCUACGCGGGCCUCGUCUGGGAGACCACCCGCGACGCCGACCGCGCCGACGCCUACUUCACCCGCGCCGUCCAGGCCGCGCCCGACGACUGCUACGUCCUGGGCUCCUACGCCGGCUUCCUGUGGGACGCCGACGAAGAAGAAGACGACCACAACGGUAACGACUGCUCGCCACCGUUCCAGGGGGCAGCUCAGCCUCCUCCCAUCACAGCGGCGUCGUAAGUGAACACAUCUCUGAUCUCUCGCCGCCUGUAAAGAAGAUGAACCGGAUCUGGAGCCGAAGAGGAACCACGGCAACCUCUCAGGCGAGCCACCGGCCGCCGUCGAUGCCGGCUCGGCUCGCCAUGGCUUGCAACUGAAUCCAGCCACCUGUAACAUGAAUCUGGAAAAAGAGCACCACGCAUCUAAGGCGUUGCCGAUCUUGUAAAUUGAACCUGCAAGCUUGCAUGAUGACUAGUAGUAGCUAGUGCUCUUGGUCUCUUGAUGCAUCACUGUAUCAGCAUCUCUUGUGAAAUAAAUAAGGCACCACCUAUGUGUUCUAAUCAGAUCAGCAAAUGCACAUUCAUCUUCCAUUC